GCUGCAUGAGUCUUGGUUGACAGGCCAUUUGAGUGGUUCGCCACAAUGUUAAAGCUACGACUUUUGACAUGGGAUGUGAAAGAUACUCUGCUUCGACUCCGGAUUCCUGUGGGCGAGAGUUACGCUGCUGAGGCCCGGGCCCGUGGCCUCCAGGUGGAAGCUGAAGCACUCAACAGAGCCUUCCGCCAGGCCUAUAAGGCUCAGGGCCAGCGCUUUCCCAACUAUGGCCUAGACAGAGGCCUUAGCUCAAAACAGUGGUGGUUGGAAGUAGUCAUGGAGACCUUCCGGCUCUCAGGAGUCCAUGAGGACAAGGUGCUCCUGUCCAUUGCAGAGAAACUCUACUGUGAUUACUGUAGCAAGCGCAACUGGGAGCUGCUACCAGGUGCCAGUGAGACCCUCCAGCAGUGCCGGCAGUUGGGCAUCCGCAUGGCUGUCAUCUCCAACUUUGACCGGAGGUUGUCAGAGAUUCUAGCUCAGUGUGACCUCCAGCAGCACUUUGAAUUUGUCUUGAGCUCUGAGAACUUGGGCUUUGCUAAGCCAGACAAGAGGAUAUUUCUGGAAGCCCUGCGGAUCUCUAGGGUACCCCCUCCCUUGGCUGCCCAUGUUGGGGACAACUACAUGAACGAUUACAGGGCACCAAGAGAGGUGGGAAUGCAUAGUUUCCUGAUUAAGACACUCGGGAAACCUGCCAGCUGGGAGACAGAAGUGCCUCAGGAGCACAUCUUGCCCUCACUUACAUACCUGCCCUCUCUUAUACAGAAAGGCUAAGCGAGGGACUUCAGUAUUUUGCAGAAUUACUGUUGAAGGACUUCUUGGAUUGGACCACUGCCAUUGCCAUCCUAAGCAGAAUUGCACCCAUUGAAGUCAAAGGGCUUAGAAAGGUCUUUAUGCUUAGGAUAUUACUGUUAGAAUAGCAUGGAGUUGCUUUUUUCGCUUCAAAAAUGUAGACAGCUAGCACAUCAGACAGAGGUUGUUACCACCAUGACAUCAUUCCUUCCCACACACAGUGGCUUUUUAAAUGGGCAAUCUUUAAAAAAUGCCCUGUC